UGCAAGCGAAGGCAAAACGGGGCAGCAGACAGGCAGAGAUGGAGGGUGUAACAACGCUCAUUUAUUCCAAUUUACUGCCCCAGGACGGACCAGGCACUAAAACCACAUAAUCUAUAUAGAUACUGUCUGUGUUAUUCACAGGUUGGUCCUCAAGCUCCCGGCGAGGAACCAGGACUCCAGUCUUUGUCAGAGACUGAACGAUGUGGGUGGCUGUGCUGUCAGAAGACGGGCAGAGUAUGUUGAUGGAGCCAAAUAAGGAAGAGUGAUUCCAGAAGAACAUUGAAACAGAGGGAGUCGCCGACUGUAAUGCAGCCAAACUCAAACGAGCAGGGCGCUCACGCAGGAAAUGGUUUGUCCCUCACACUGCAGCCAGAACUACUCACCAAGACACCGGCCGCCGGAGCCACCGUCGUCCAUGACAGUGGUGAGGUGCGGUUGCCCAUCUCCAGUGGGCCGGGGGAGUCCGGCGGAGGGCCAUCAUCCAGACGGUCCAGGGCCAACUCCCACGGCCACUCCCAUUCACACUCACAUGGACAUAACCGGCCCCAGCACCACAUGCACACAGAGUCUGAGCCCGAGCAGGGCGACUCCGAACUUGAGUCUGGGGAAGCCAGCACCUCUUUCUCCGAGCUGCGCUACCUCUUCCGCUGGCUCCAAAAGAGUCUUCCUUUUCUGGUCAUCCUUUCUGCUAAACUGGUCAUUCAGCACGCUCUCGGUCUGACAGUUGGGGUUGGCCUUUUUACAACCUUUCUGUAUGUGAAUAAAAACAUUCAAACUCAAGUCUUUCUUCAGGAUCGACACUUGAAGCUGCAGUGUAUCUGGCUGCUGUUCUUCCUGGUCUCCUCCACACUCCUGCUUUACUACACCUUUUUUACUGAGACACUUUACCAUUGCCUCAUCUUCCUCAGUCCAACCAUCGAGCCCAUGGGAUUCUGGGAGGUGCUGUGGGCAGUUGGCAUCAACAACUUCAUACUUAAGUUCCUUUUCAUGGGGAUCAAGUGCCUUAUCCUGCUUCUGCCCUCUUCGCUGGUGACCUACAGAGCCCAGGGCCGGUGGUUGAUGCUGACGGAGGAGCUAGGCCAGGUCUACCAGGCCAUGGCUCCUGUUCCGCUGUGGUUCCGCUACCUGGUCACCUACCAGGAGGUGGAUGGGACCCCCGCACUUACACUGGGGGUCCUGCUGGCUUUGGUCUACCUCAUACUGAAGCUUCUGGGAUUAUACGGGCAGUGGUCAUCUUUACUGAAAACUGUGAGGAUUUUUCUCAAGGGCGAGCACACGGGGAUGGCAGCCACAAGGGGCCAGUGCAACGAGGCCGGAGACAUUUGCCCCAUCUGCCAGGGGGAGUACAGGGAGCCCCGGGCCCUCCUCUGUCAGCAUAUUUUCUGUGACGAGUGCAUCGCCCUGUGGUUUAACCGGGAGAAGAGCUGCCCGCUCUGCCGGACGGUGAUCACCGAAAAGGUCUACAAAUGGAGGGACGGUGCCACGUCUCCCCACCUGCAAAUCUACUGACCAAGCUUUGUUGAUCUGACUGCACAACGAGGUUUUGUUUUUUCCCCCCUAUGGAUCUGAGACGCUGUUAUUGCUAUGUGUGUGUAUGAUAUGUGAUUUUAUACAGCUGACAGUUCCCCAACGACUUAUGUUGUCCCACUGUUCCAUUAAGGGCUGUGCCCCCUACUGGCCACAGUUGUUUUGUUUUUGUUUUUUUUAGAGUUCGACAAUAAGAAUAUCUUUGACUUAUAAACAGUAUCUUUUUUUUUUUGAAGCAACCAGUCAGCCCAAAUCUAAUUUAAAAAAAAGUUGUAAAUCAAAUUUGCUUUAUAUUGGAACUUUCAGAGAGCAAAACACACAAAUGAAGCACUGGUGUUUUCCGUUGGCACCAGCGUGUCUGCAUAAAACUAAUCAAUUUCUCCAAAGUUUCAAGAACUUUCUAGAACUGUCUUGACGAAAGCCUUCUUCUAAUGAGGAGCACAGUACAAACUGUCGGACUUGAACUGCAAAUUGGCACAGUUGGUAAGGGCCCAUAGCUUGCACUUCAAAUUGUCAAAACAACGGGAAAUCCCUAUUAGUCGCACAUGCAGACUGAAAGUUGGAUUUCUGCACACCGUCUAGUUUUGUUUCAGUUCGCCUGCUUUUUCCGUCUUUAUUUUUAUAUGUUGUAUUGUUCAUCUUUUCGUCUUUACCUUUAGUAUACUGAAUAGAGGGCGUUCUCAUCAGCCAAGAAAUAUCGAUGUUCCUUCUACUUGUGUAAAUAAUGGCACAAAGGAUAAAUUGUACUAUCGCAGUCAGACCUUUCUGGUUGGGUCGAUAAUGGAUCCCAUGAAACCUUGUUUUGUGCUACGUGUGAUGAAUAUAAGGUGCUUAUCCACACUUAAUCUGAACUGUACACACCACCACAUAUAUCAAGCGCUAGACAUCCCAACACCCCACCUGAGGCCCACGUGCUCGCCGACAUUACUGAAGACAUGUCUGCCAGUGUUAAUGGGGGCGGGUACGACAUGGGUCUGGAGGGUAACUACUAUAUUCUAAAGACUUAUAAGACACGAAGGCCCGACGAUAUCCAGGAGGACCCCUUAGAAGAGGGAGGAACACACCAGGGAUGGAUUGACACAACACACUUUCAGACGUUGUUAUGACAUUUGCUCUCAGCUUUUGGCGAUUCAUUAGUUUUAGAAUUGAGAAUAAUGACCGUAACUCGAUCCAGACGUAAAUUAUUUUUCUAUAGAGGUCCACUAGCCUCCUUUUUUUAAAACCAAAGAACGGGAGAAGCGUCUAUUUUAUUAUACGUCAUGUCACACUGUUUUACAACUUUGUCGUUUCGCUCCACAAACUCUGAAUAAAGAAUACAUUUGA